CGGGUUGGCCAACCAGGCCCCUUUCUUUUUCUUCUCCUCCUCCUCUAGAAGCUGAAGACGACCUCAGACUUGCUGAGGCUUCGAGCUCUGCAUCAACAAAUUAGAACUGAAACUCCAAUCUUUGAUUUUUCAAGCAAAAUUAAUAUGAGGAAGCGCGACCUAGCCAUUCUCAUGCUCUCUGCUUUCGCUAUUUUCUUUUCUCUUCAGCAUGAAGGUGAUUUUUCGUUCAAAGAAGCGUGGUAUCAUAUAUCCGAUGAAUACCCUAUCAAAUACGAGGCUGAGCGCCUGCCGCCGCCAAUUGUCGCUGAUCUCAACGGUGAUGGGAAAAAAGAGGUUCUUGUCGCUACUCAUGAUGCCAAAAUUCAGGUUUUGGAACCUCAUGCAAGGCGAGUGGAUGAAGGAUUCAGUGAAGCACGUGUUCUUGCAGAAGUGUCCCUCUUGCCUGACAGGAUUCGGAUUGCAUCUGGUAGACGUGCUGUGGCAAUGGCCACUGGUGUCAUAGAUCGGAACUACAAGCGCAAAGAACCUCAAAAACAAGUGCUUGUGGUUGUUACAUCAGGUUGGUCUGUAAUGUGUUUUGAUCACAACCUCACGAAGCUAUGGGACGUGAACUUGCAGGAGGAUUUUCCACAUAAUGCUCAUCAUAGAGAGAUAGCUAUCUCUGUUAGCAACUAUACUUUAAAGCACGGAGAUUCAGGCUUGGUAAUUAUCGGUGGGAGAAUGGAAAUGCAGCCUCAUUUGCAUAUGGAUCUGUUUGAGGAAAUUGAAUUGGCAGAGAAAAAUGCAGAGCAGCAUAGGAGAAGUGCCAGUGAGAAGGAAGCUUCUGACAAUUCUGGGAUGGUGGAUUUACGCCAUUUUGCAUUUUAUGCAUUUGCUGGUCGAUCUGGCCAACUCCGUUGGAGCAGAAAGAAAGAGGAUAUUGAAAGUCAUCCUCCAGAUGCAUCGCAGUUAAUACCCCAGCACAAUUAUAAGCUUGAUGCUCAUGCUUUAAACAGCCGCCAUCCAGGAGAGUUUGAAUGCAGGGACUUCAGAGAAUCUAUCCUUGGUGUUAUGCCGCAUCAUUGGGAUCAGCGGGAGGAUACUUUAUUUGAGCUGGCACAUUUUAGGCGUCACAAGAGGAAAACUGUGAAGAAAACGCCUGGAAAGAACAUGAACUAUCCUUUUCACAAACCAGAGGAAAAUCAUCCUCCAGGAAAGGAUACAUCAAAGAAGAUUUCUAAUGCAAUAGGGAAGGCAGUAAACUAUGCUAAAUCUGCAAAAUCCAAGAAGCCUUUGCCUUAUAUACCGACCAUAACAAACUAUACUCAACUCUGGUGGGUUCCUAAUGUUGUUGUUGCUCAUCAAAAAGAAGGAAUUGAAGCUGUUCAUUUGGCAUCAGGGCGCACCAUAUGUAAGCUUCAUCUUCAAGAAGGUGGCCUCCAUGGCGAUAUUAAUGGUGAUGGAGUCCUAGAUCAUGUCCAGGUUGUGGGUGCAAAUGGUGCUGAACAGACUGUUGUUAGUGGAUCUAUGGAAGUACUGCGUCCCUGCUGGGCUGUGGCAACUUCUGGUGUUCCAGUGCGAGAACAACUUUUUAAUGCUUCUAUAUGUCAUCAUUCUCCCCUUAACCUUUUCCAACAUGGGGAAUUUUCCAGAGGCUUUGGGCGGAUGCUUGAUGUAAGCUCGUUAGAGGUGGCCACACCUAUUCUCAUCCCAACAAAUGAUGGUCAUCGGCAUCGUAAAGGAAGUCAUGGUGAUGUUGUUUUCUUAACAAAUAGAGGAGAGGUGACAUCAUAUUCUCCUGGGUUGCUCGGCCACGAUGCUUCCUGGAAUUGGCAAAUCUUGACAGGUGCCACAUGGUCCAAUCCUCCAUCUCCAUCAGGGUUGACAGAGUCUGGUCAGGUGAUCCCUACCUUAAAAGCAUUUCGCUUGCGUCCUCAUGAUGGUAGAGAUUUGAUCCUGGCCGCGGGAGAUCAAGAAGCUGUAGUGUUGUCUCCUGGAGGAAGUACAUUAACAACAGUUGAGCUUCCUGCAGCUCCAACGCAUGCCUUGGUCACUGUGGACUUUUCAAAUGAUGGACUGACCGACCUUAUUCUUGUGACUUCCAAUGGGGUGUACGGCUUCGUUCAGACUAGGCAACCGGGUGCCCUCUUCUUUAGCACAUUGGUGGGCUGCCUUAUAGUAGUCAUGGGAGUCCUCUUUGUCUCGCAACACCUAAAUUCCGUCAAAGGGAAACCUCGACCCUCAUCAGGUCACCUAUGAAACAGUGCCAGUUCUGUGGUGGUAUCUGAGCAAUGCAGUGCAGAUUGACUGUUUCUUUUUAUGAGAUUGGACCACUAUAAAUUAACCGGGAUCAACUACUUAGAGAACAGCCAAAUGCAGUCAGCUUUUGGGAUACCUGUGCAUAUCGUCCGGAAUCUUGAUGACUUACUUAAAAUCUUUUUCCUUUUUCGUUUGCAUUGGCGUUGUUCACCUGUAAUGGUUCUAUGGAGUAUAUUAUAGAAGAUCUUUACAUGUAACCUUUUAACAAUUUUGGAACUGGUUUACAGAAUUGCAUUCUUCCCUUGAUCUUUCUGUU